UGUGAGUGGGUGACUAAUAAAACUAUCUGAGAAAAUGCCAUUUAUUCAACGAAACCUAUUUCCACGUCGACCACCGAUGCAAAAAUGUAACGGUCCAUCAAUACUACAGUCGGCACUGGGACCCGAUGGCAAUAUCCAACACAAACGUAGCAAAAGUACCGAUAAAAAGGAUCCCAAACCGUCAUCAUUAUCCUCUAAUAAGAAACAUCCGCUCCAUAGUACCAAAAGUGAGCCCAAUAUGAUGACCACCCAUACCCUCAGCCAUAGCCAAUCCAUCAAUCAUUUGCCUAAUUUAAGCAAACAAGACUCAGUCGUCCGAUUUCUCGAUACCAGUGAUCCGGCACAGUCUGAUAGCAGUUGUGCUCCAAAUUCUUCGUCUUCUUCGUCGUCAAUCAUAUCAUCAGAGAUGAUAAGUCGUCGAAGAAUAUUAUCUCGAAGUAGAGAUGCACUCAAUAUUAACGAUGACUACAAUUACAAUCCAUAUGAAGAAGAGGACGACAUUUGGUUCAAUAAAGAUAAACUAUUUAAGAAUCAUAUACAAGAAGUAUUGGUAAAAUGGGAUCAAAUAGAUGACGAAAUAUGGGCUAAAGUAAUAUGUAUGGAAAGGAACCGUCGAGUGGCCAAAGCAUACGCCAGAGCACCGGUGCUGACCGUCAAUGGAUGUGACAAUGGUUUUGAUGGCUAUCGUAUUGGACUCAAUGGUUUCGAUAAUCCAAUGAGAGAUCCCAAGACUGAAGAACUUAAACGUAACAUUGGUUUGGGUGUCAAAGUCAAGAUGGAUGACGAGGGAAAUGUUUUGGUCAAGAGAUUGAGUAAAACCAAUGUUUAUGUCAAGGGAUGGACACGUGAUAAUGAUUUGGAUACCAGUGUUUCUGCGGAUAUCAUCAAAGCUAACGGUUUGCUGGAAAUCCAGAAGAGUGUCAAACUGUUUGAUAUGAAGAAGUUUCAGACAAAUGUCUGUCGCGAACUCAAGAAUGCAUAUCCAGACAGACGUAAACUCGAGGAUCAGUGUAUCUGUUGUAUAGCCUUUGUUAAGGACGCCACAGAUCUACUGGAAGUUCCCGUUUGGGUUAUGAUUAUCAAUAUAGUGGCACUCGAUAUGCUCAAGUCUAAACUGCCACCAAUAGAUAAUCGUCGACCCAAUCAAUUGUCGGCAAUGUUUGAACGGUCCAAAAGUUUUGUAGACGAGAACCCGUACGCAGCCAUACCGUCCAAUUCAAACAACGGCAUCACUAGAAAUGGCAAACACGGUAUCCAAGAUCGCAGACCUCCACGUCUACCGCCACGCGACGGAUUGACCAGAAAACAUGCGGUUCCGAGUCUACCGAAACCCGACUACGAGACUGAUAUUGAAAAUCAAUUGCAAAAGACAUCGAGUGAUAAAAACAAUAAAAAAUAUGAGGAUCCAUAUUAUUGUGGAUUUAAGGCACGCAUACCUAACUUUGCCAAACGGUCGGCCAAUGGCAACAAGACAGCGCCGGCGGCAGUCACUAAUAUCAAACCUGAGCCGCCGAUAUUGAAAAAAGCCAAUAGUAAAGGUCUAUUUGGAAAGUUGACCGGUAAUGGCAACAACAACAGUGGUAGCGGAGGAAAGGGUGGUCAUUACGGACUGAGUCACUCGGAGUCGGACGGCUUUCUCUGUCGUAUGAAUGGCAGUAAUAGUGUUAGCAGUGGUUAUGUUAGCGGAAGCAAUACUAAUAGCAUCCGCAGCAGUGAUAACAAUGAUAUCUAUGGUAUUAAUAACCGAAAACUUAGUUUACAAUCAAAGUAUGGCUUCAAUUUGAAACCAAAUCAAAUGAGUUCAAUAAAAAUGCAUCAAAUGUUUAGUCCCCGAUCGGCCGGUCCCGCAGCCGGUGGUUUUGUGGUCGGCGAUUGGGAGUAA